AAAUGUGCUCGUAUGCCUGCAAGACACACUUACGUUUCUCCCUCGAAUCGGCAUUCUCCGAUCGUAUGGACAAUCCAGGCGCUAAACUAACCGACGAUGAUUUACGCAACCUUUUCUUUGGUAACUAUUUAGAACCAGAUGCCGAACCGAAAAUCUACGAUGAAUGUGAAAACUAUAAUAAAUUGGAAAAACUAAUGCAUUAUUAUUUACGUGACUAUAAUGGCUUUUCAAGUACACCAAUGGAUUUGGUUUUAUUUCGUUUUGCCAUUGAACAUAUAUCGAGAGUUUCACGAGUUCUACAAAUGCCACGCGGUAAUAUUUUAAUGGUCGGUAUGGGUGGUUCUGGUCGACGUAGUUCCUGCCGUUUGGCUGCUCACAUUGCUGAUUGUAGAUUAAUGACAGUGCAAGUGACAAAAACUUAUACACAACAAGAUUGGCGUGAAGAUUUAAAAAAGAUAUUGAUGAGCGCUGGAUUUAAUUUAAAUCAUACGGUUUUUCUUUUCUCUGAUUCACAGGCCACCGAUGAGGGUUACAUAGAGGACAUAAAUGGCAUUUUAAAUUGUGGUGAUUUACCAAAUCUUUAUCAAUUAGAGGAUAAAGCAGCCAUAAUGGAAAAUAUGAUUAAUAUUGCAAAACAAUUGGGUAAAAAUAUUGAUCCUUUACCCAGUGAAAUGUAUUCGUUUUUCAUUGAGCGUAUACGAGAACAAUUGCAUGUUGCAUUGGCAUUUUCUCCCAUUGGCGAAUCAUUUAAAGAACGUAUACGUAUGUAUCCAUCAUUGAUAAACUGUUGCACAAUCGAUUGGUACAUGCCAUGGCCGGUAGACGCUUUAGAACGUGUUGCGGAAUAUUUUAUUAGCUCAAUGAAAUUGGGUCAAUCACAAGAAACAGAAGAUGCGGAUGCCAAUAAGUCACUUGAAUCGUAUGAAUCGAAAGAAAGUAGAAAAAGUUUAGAGGAAGUACAAGAAAUUGUAUUGAGUGAUUUGGAAAAGGAAUUGGUAAAAUGUGUAAUGCAUUUUAAUCAAUCCGUUGUCGGUGCAAGUGAAAAAUGUUUCACAGAAUUGGGUAGAAGAAAUUAUGUGACACCCUCUUCAUAUUUAGAAAUGUUAAAGGCAUUUCGUACCUUUUACAUACGAAAACUUGAGGAGAUAACGAGAUUACGAGAUAGAUAUACAACUGGUUUGGAGAAAUUAGAUUUUGCAGCUGGUCAAGUGGGUGAAAUGCAAUCAAAUUUAUAUGAAUUGCAGCCUAAAUUAAAGGUACUCUCCGAGGAAACGGAAAAGAUAAUGGUGAAUAUUGAACGCGAAACGGCAGAGGCGGAAAAGAAAAAGGAAGUGGUGGGAGCCGAUGAGGCAGCAGCUAAUGAAGCAGCCGCCGCUGCUCAAGCUAUUAAAGAUGAUUGCGAAAGUGAUUUGGCAGAGGCUAUACCAGCUCUGGAGGCCGCCUUAGAUGCUUUAAAUACUCUCAAACCGGCUGAUAUAUUUGUGGUGAAAUCCAUGAAAAAUCCUCCUUAUGGCGUAAAACUGGUACUGGAGGCAGUGUGUGUUAUCAAAGGUUUAAAACCAGAUCGUAAACCAGAUGCUUCCGGACGAAUGGUGGAAGAUUACUGGGGUGCUUCGUUGCGCAUGGUCAGUGAUAUGAAAUUUUUGGAAUCUCUAAAAACAUUUGAUAAGGACAAUAUACCACCCGCUAUAAUCAAGAAAAUUCGAGAAAAAUAUGUGGCCGAUCGUGAUUUUGUGCCCGAGAAAAUCAAAUCCGCCUCUACCGCCUGUGAGGGUUUGUGUCAUUGGGUUCGUGCCAUGGAUGUUUAUGAUAAAGUGGCUCGUAUUGUUAUGCCCAAAAAGGCCGCCUUAGCUGAGGCUGAAAAUGAUUUAGCUUCACAAAUGGAAAAACUGAAUUCCAAACGAGCAGAACUGCAGGUGAUUUUGGAUAAAUUGCAAAAACUCAAUGAUUUCUUUGCGGAAAAAUCGCGACAGAAAAAAGGCUUGGAAGAUGAAAUUGAAAAUUGUGAAAAGAAACUGAACAGAGCUGAAAAACUAUUGGGCGGCUUAGGUGGCGAAAAGACACGUUGGUCGGAGACAGCUCAUAAUCUUCAUAAGUCUAUAAGUAACAUUGUAGGCGAUGUUCUUUUAGCCGGUGGCUGUACAGCCUAUUUGGGAUUUUUUCCAACUGAGUAUCGUGUUAAUAUUCUAGAGGAAUGGAAUGAAGUAUGCAGACAACGUAAAAUACCCUGUUCCGAGAAAUUCUCAUUAGCCAAUACUUUGGGCAAUCCUAUGCAAAUACGUGCCUGGUCUUUAGCCGGUUUACCAGCAGAUAAUUUUUCUGUAGAAAAUGCCAUUAUAGUGGCUAAUUCCAAUCGCUACUCCCUAUUAAUAGAUCCACAAGUCCAAGCCAACAAGUGGAUUAAAAAUAUGGAAAAGAAAAAUGACCUUAAAGUUAUCAAACAAAGUGAUGCCAAUUAUAUGCAAAUACUUGAAUUGGCAAUUACGUAUGGUAAUCCAGUAUUGAUUGAAAAUGUUGGUGAACGUUUGGAUUCAAAUUUAACGCCAAUUUUAGAAAAGAAUGUAAUUAAGCAUAAAGGUGGCUACUUUAUCAAGAGCGGAGAUCAAAUGAUUGAAUAUAAUAGUAAUUUUCGCUUAUACAUAACAACCUGUCUAAGGAAUCCUCAUUAUCCGCCAGAAAUUAUGGUUAUGGUAACCGUAAUAAAUUUUAUGAUUACGGAACAAGGUUUACGUGAACAACUGUUGGCUACUGUUGUGGCUCAUGAACGUCCCGAUCUACAGGAGAAAAAGGAACAAUUGAUUAUUGAAUCGGCAAAAAAUCGCGAUGCUUUGUAUACAAUUGAAUCAAAAAUAUUGGAGGUACUCUCAACGUCCGAAGGCAAUGUAUUGGAAGAUGAAAAUGCCAUUAACAUUUUGUCAUCUAGCAAAAUCUUAUCCGAACAAAUUCAAGAGAAACAAAUUAUUGCAGUCGCUACUGAGGCGGAAAUUGAUGAAGCGCGUCAACGUUACAUACCUGUAGCCAAACAUUCGGCCAUAUUGUUUUUUUGCAUCAGUGAAUUGGCAAAUAUUGAUCCCAUGUAUCAAUACUCAUUGGGUUGGUUUCUGAAUCUCUUUGUGAAUACCAUCAUGAAGGCACCCAAAUCAACUGAAUUACAAGAACGUUUGGAAAAUUUAAAUAAUUAUUUUACGAAAUCAAUUUAUCAGAACGUUUGCAGAUCGUUGUUUGAGAAAGAUAAAUUGGUCAUAUCGUUGGUGAUGUGUUUAGGUAUAAUGAUGGCAAAGGGUAAAAUAAAUAAAUCCCAUUUGUUGUUCUUUUUAACGGGAGGCGUUGGAUUGCAAAGUAUUCCACCUAAUCCAGCACCAGUAUGGCUUCCUGAAAAGGCUUGGUUUCAAAUAGUGCUGGCCAGCAAUUUGGAAGGUUUAGCAAACUUUUAUAAAAAGUUUGAAGAAGACAUUGAGGCAUGGAAGAAAUUUUGUGAUUUGUCAUCACCGGAAGAAGCUGAAUAUCCGCCACCAUAUGAUCAUAUUGAUGAGAUGUUGGGUUUGAUACUAUUGAAAUGCUUAAGACCGGAUAAAGUUGUACCAGCGGUUAGAAAUUUCAUUACACGUAACAUGGAUCGUUCAUUUGUUGAGCCGCCUCCUUUUGAUUUGAAUGCUUCAUUUGCUGAUAGUUCGCCAAAAAUACCUUUAGUAUUCUUGCUGUCCCCAGGCUCUGAUCCAAUGGCCAGUCUUUUCAUGUAUGCCAAACAGCGUAAUAUGUACGACAAAACCAAAACCAUUUCCUUGGGUCAAGGACAAGGACCACGUGCUGAGAAAAUGAUAAUCGAGGCCUGUCGCUACGGUCAUUGGGUAGUUUUGCAAAAUUGUCAUGUAGCUGUCAGUUGGAUGGGUGAGCUGGAGCGCAUAUGCAAUGAUUCCUCUCUAGCCGAAUCCGCACAUGCUGAUUAUCGUCUCUGGUGUACUUCCUAUCCGAGUUCAGUGUUUCCAGUGUCAGUGCUACAGAAUUCCGUUAAAAUGACCAAUGAACCGCCCAAAGGUCUAAAGGCUAACAUGCAGAGAUCAUUUAAUUCAGAUCCAUUAGUGCGUGAUAAAUUCUUUACAAAUGCAUUUGUAUAUACGGAGACGGCCAAUAAAUGUUGGUUACGUGGUGUGUUUGCAUUGGUAUUCUUUCAUGCAGUGGUGCAGGAACGUCGCGAAUUCGGACCAUUGGGUUGGAAUAUACCAUAUGAGUUUAGUGAAGCGGAUUUAAAAAUUUCAUUGCUGCAGCUUAAGAUGUUUAUAGCUCAAAGUAAUAGCAUACCAUUUCGUGGACAUGUCUAUCUUACGGGCGAAUGUAACUAUGGUGGUCGUGUUACAGAUGACAAGGAUCGUCGUUUAAUCUUGUCAUUAUUGAACAUGAUCUAUAAUCCCAGUACUAUUGAGGUUGACAAUUAUGCUUUAUCACAAUCUGGCACAUAUCGAGUACCUUUGAAUCCAACACGUGUCAAUGCUUCGGAUUACAUAGCAGAAUUUCCUUUAAGUCCUCAUCCUGAAGUCUAUGGUUUACAUGAAAAUGCCGAUAUAAAUCGUAAUAACAAGGAAACAAAUAGUCUAAUACAAGGUGUUUUGAAAACACAAACCGACUUAAUGGCGUCUGUCAAAUCAAGUGGUGCGGGGGCAGAUGGUGCCAAGAUAGAUCCAGCUUUUCAGAUAUGCAAAGACAUAUUAGCGCGCCUACCGAAUGCCUUUGAUCUGGUAGAGGUUACGGAAAAAUUCCCUGUAGUCUAUACUAAUUCCAUGAAUACGGUGUUGAGGCAGGAGUUAAUAAGAUUUAAUCGUUUAUUGGAUUAUAUCCGUAAAAGUUUAAUCAAUGUCCAGAAAGCUAUCCAGGGACAAAUUGCCAUGAUUCCAGAAUUGGAAAGAACUCACCGUUCAAUGGUUAUAGAACUUCCCGACGACUGGCUGAAGAAGAGUUAUCCAUCGCUUAAACCACUGGGCAGUUAUGUUACUGAUUUUGUUGCGAGAUUGGAAUUCUUUCAAACUUGGUUAGAUAAAGGUGAACCGAUUGUUUACUGGCUAUCGGGUUUCUAUUUUACACAAUCGUUUAUGACCGGAGUUUUACAAAACUAUUCGAGAAAGAAUCGUUUUCAAAUCGAUAUGGUGCGUAUUGAAUUUGAAGUUACCAAAUAUGAAAUGGAAGCAGAUGAAGCACCUGUAUUGGGUGCUUACAUAAGGGGCCUUUUCCUUGAAGGUUGUCGCUGGAAUCGUACCAUACACGCCGUCGAUGAAUCCUUUUCAAAGAUACUUUUCGAUACUAUCCCAGUUGUUUGUCUAAUGCCCACAAUGAAAAUGGAAGGUCAACAAAAGUCCUGUGUGGCGAAAGACGAUGAUGAUGAUGACGGCGAUGGUGGUGGCAAGCAAAUCUACGAAUGUCCUGUAUAUAAAACAAGUGAAAGGCGUGGUAUUUUAUCCACUACUGGCCACUCGACGAACUUUGUAAUGUACAUGGAUUUACCGUGUACAAGAAAUCAAAUGCAUUGGAUUAAUCGUGGUGCUGCUUCGCUGUGUCAAUUAGAUGAUUAGUUUUGCUUCAAUGAGUUGAAAGAAUAAUAGAAAAGGAUGAAUGUUUCAUUUCAAUGCUAUUCAUUAUGUAUAUUUUUUUUUUGUGCGAGACUAUUCAUCUAUUUUAUAUUACAAUUUUAAGAGA